AUGCGUUAAAAUGUCUUAAUAUGUCUUGUAAAAAAGGAAAUACAGAAAAUAAGAACAUUGAAGAAGAAGAAGAAGAGGAACCCUGAUGGCGGACGAGCUGGCCACACAGAGCUGACAUUCCUUGCUUUUGUUGCUGUUUCUUGCUGUUGGUCCGGUGCGAUUCACAGUGCACAUCAGUGGUGAUCGCAAACGCCGGUGUUCGUCAGGCGAGGACGACACCAUGGAACCCUCCCGGAAAAACCACCACUCACACCACCACCACCACCACCAUCACCACCACCCCAACCACCACCAGCAACAAAACAACACUAACGCCAACGCUAACAACACCGCCGCUGCUCCGCCUGCCUCCCCCGCUGCUGUCUCGGCCUCCACCGCCACCACCACCACCCCUGUCAUCACCACCACCACCACCGCUGCCCCUGCUGCUGCCACACCCCUGCCGCCACCCCAGUCACCCCAGCAGACAAAGCAGCAGGAUGUGGGCACCUCUGCUAAAAAGAAGAAGGACAGGGAGAACAGGAACAGCAUCUCCCAGGACUUGGUUUACGACUGGCACCAAAAGGGCGACGGCGUGACAGUAGCAGUGGUGGUGGGGACUGGCCAGGACAACCGUACUGUCGAUAUCCGCACGGACGAGACCUCCCUGGCCGUGUGUCUGACCAAUGGGCGGAGGUUCUCGACGCAGCUCUAUGGGGAGGUCAUACCUGGGGCCACGUCUGUCGAGUACAAGGGCCAGAGGUGUGUUGUGCGGCUGCAGAAAAGGGAGCCUAGUGUACAUUGGCCCCAACUGGAGGCCUGCAAGAAGCUACCACCGCCCCCACAAGACCGUAUUCUCCACACCAACAAGACCAAAGCCACCUCAGCCUCCCCCGGCAGAACCCCCGAGAAGAAACAAACUCCACCACCACCACCGAUACAAAACAACACCAGUAACACCACCAUGCCGAGCACCCCUACCACACCCACCACCACCACCACCACCACCACUAGCGCUGCCACCAACACCACGGAAAGUAUGGUUAUGGGUGGCGAGAAGCCGAUCCCGGUGGUGAGCGUGAAGAGCGAUUUUGUGGAGAGGGAUGCGGAGAGUCUUCUAGUGGUUUAUCUCUACGUCAAGGCCAUCAAGAAGGAGACGGCCAGGGUGGAGUUUACGGAGGACACGAUCACCGCGCAUUUCUCCACCAGCGACCCACGGUUCCUCCAGCAGCACCCAGAAAGCAGCGAGGAGUCCGUGUUCGAGUGGCACUUGAGUCUGAAGGGCAAGGUGGUGCUGGAUGAGUGCAAGUACAAGGUGACGCCCAACAACAUUGAGAUGAAGCUGAAGAAACAGACCAAUAAGAAGUGGGGCUCCCUCACCGCCCUGCCCCUGGAGACUGUGUCGAACAGCAAGGUGGCGAAGAACACCUGGGUGGCUGCCGGCAAAACAGAGGGGGGGGUGCCUCCUGCGGCUACCCCCCCUGGCAUACCUCCGGCCCCCCCUGUGCCCCCGCCCCUGGAGAGCAAGGCACACUUCCCUCCCCUACAGAAGCCCAUGUGCCUGGUCUCCCCCGUUAGCAAGGGCAUGAGAAGCAUCACAAGUGGUCUCCCGGCAUCCUCCUCCUCCUUCUCCUCUUCCUCCUCCUCCUCCUCCUCAUCCUCCAGCGGGUGUGAGGGGGCGAGUGGGAGCGUUGUUCCGCGGGGCACGACGGGCCUGGACAACAUCGGCAACACCUGCUUCAUGAACAGUGUGUUGCAGUGCCUCAUCAACACCCAGGAGCUCAAGGAAUACUUCUUAGACUACAACUUCCAGGAUGAGAUCAACAAGGACAAUCCACUGGGCAUGGGGGGCAGGCUGGCCGUGUCCUUCGCCUGCCUCAUGAAGCUGCUGUGGUCCGGCUCACUGCCCUCACACGCCCCAACCAAGCUCAAGACCACCAUGUCCCUCAAGGCUAACCAGUUCUCAGGGUUCGCCCAGCAUGAUGCCCAGGAGUUCAUGGUGGAGCUCCUCGAUGGCCUGCAUGAGGACCUCAACCGGGUGAAGAAGAAACCCUACGUCGCCGAGCCCCCAGACCUCGACGGAUGGCCGGACCGCAAGGCCGCACGGGAGUCCUGGAAGCUGCACAAGAUGAGAAACGACAGCAUCAUCGACGACCUCUUCAAGGGCCAGUUCAAAUCAACGUUGACCUGCCAUGAGUGCGGGAAGGUGUCGGUCAAGUUCGAUGAGUUCUGCUGCCUCUCCGUGCCCAUACCCAAGGAUCAGAAGGUCAUCCCGGUAAUAUUCUUCUGGAAGGACCCGUACCAGAAGCCCAAAAAGUUCUUCAUCCGCGUGCCGGCUACUUCUAAUGCCGAGGACCUGCGCCACGAACUGUGUGAACGUACCGGUGUCCAGGCGUGCUGCAUACAGGUGUUUGAGAGGCUCAAGUCCAAGAUUCACAAAGUCUACGAGAAGGGGUCCGGACUGUCUUCAGGCGGCCCCAACGACCCUCUCAUGGCCUUUGAAGUGUACAACCCCAUCAAGGUUGGUGAGCCGGUGGUGGAGGUGGCGGUGGUGCAGCGCAUGAUGAUCCCCAGCCCCCCCACACGCUGCGCCUACUGUUCCCGCAGUGCUGCGCCGGGCUCCAAGCUGCGCCGCUGCACUAAGUGUUACCGCGCUGGAUACUGCGACCAGAACUGCCAAAAGAACCACUGGCACAGCCACAAGGUGAACUGCAAGCUAGUGCCAGAAUUGGUGGGUUGCCCCUUCAUCCUGUCGCUGCCGGAGAGCCACGCCACGUACUCCCGACUGGCCCGCGUCAUGGAGGCGUACGCUCGCUACUCCGUUGACAUCUUCCAGCCCCCAGUCUACCACCACGGCUCCACGACCUCCUCCCACCGCAGCAGCAGUUCCAGUAUUGACCUAUCGGCUGGGGAGGACAAUGAUGAGAUGGAGGUGGAGGACAGCGAGCCCCAGGACAAGGACGAACCGAGGGACGAACCCAUGACAAGCGAGAACUCCUUAGGCGAGUCCCCGAGCCCCUGGGGAGGCAAAGAAGGCGGUGCGACGGGGAGUGAUUGCAGUGGGGGUGCGGGGAGUGACGAGCCCCCGCAGCUGUCCACCUCCCCCAGCGUGCGUGCCGUGCAGCCUCAGCGCACCAUCCAGCUUCCGUCAGCCACUCAGCUCUUUGUCAUUCGGCCCGUAAAUAGUCGGGCACAGAACCUCCUGCCACCUGCUGGAGAACCGCUGGAGGACAAAGGUGACGAGCCUCUGGACCUGACGGACAAGAAGUAUCUCUCUAUGGACUGGAAGACGAGUGAGGCACUGCCCGGCCACUGCCUCAUCCAGGACAAGGAGGUGGAGUGUGAGGUGGAGGGCUCGUACUCGGUGCAGCGAAACCAGCCCACCACCCUGGAGGCAUGCAUCGAGCUCUUCACCCAGCCCGAGAACCUGUCCGAGGGUGACUCUUGGCGCUGUCCGAGGUGCAAGAAGCCAGUGGAGGCGACCAAGCAGAUGAGUGUGUGGCGCCUUCCCCACGUCCUCAUCAUCCAGCUCAAGAGGUUCUCCUUCAAGUACGUCCUCUGCUCAGACAAGAUCGACAAAUUCGUGCAAUACCCCGUCAGAGGCCUCAACCUUCGGCAAUACAUGUCCAGCGAGCCGGAGGAUGGGCCUGCCGUCUAUGACCUGUAUGGCGUCAUCAACCACAUGGGCCGACUCUUAGGGGGCCACUACACCUCCUAUGCCAGGCUGGUCUCCAAGGCCGACACCAGGCAGAGUGAGCUGGACUGGAGGCUCUUCGACGACAGCCGCGUUAGUUUCUGCCCCGAGUCUCGCGUCGUCAACGAACAGGCGUACCUCCUCCUGUACAGGCGACGCGACACUCCCUUCUCCGUGUACCGGCUCGCCCCGCCCCCGCCGCCGCUGCCCCUCGCAACCCCCACGGCCCCACAAGAGGAAAACGGCAUGGACCACUUAGACGGGGAGGAGGUGACCCCAAUGUCGAUCUCCUCAGCCUCCCAGGUCUCCUCCUCCUCCCAGCCCUCCUCCUCUAGCCUCGAGGGAGAGGAGCAACUUGGAACCACUCAGGAAGAACUAGACUAGCAUAUGCCUCCUCCUAUGCCCUCCUUCCUCCUCCUCCUCGUCCUCCUCCUCUUCCUUACUUUCUCUUCGUCUGUGUUCUCCAAGGCAGUUCAGGUCCACUCUGGCUGCUUGCUCUGUUUGUUUCAUGUUUCUUUACUUGCUUUUUUUAGGGUCACUAAGUUUAUUUUACCCCACUAUGGUUGUGUACAGAUUAUUUUAUGCUAUUUGAAGGCUCUCUCCCCCAUGGCCUGGUUCUCAUGGCUGGCUGAAACGCGCCAGCCAUUCCGUGAUGACAGGUUUGCAGGGCGGCCAAUAGCAACAGCAGCAGCAGCAUCACCACCACCACCACCACCACCACCAUGACCACCACCACCACCACCCCUCCCUGCCCUCCUUCCCAGCCCCUUCAAGUCAGGUUUUAUUUAUGCGUAGCGGUUGUUUUCGUCAAUGCCGUCUUCUCUCUUUAACUCCUCGGCCUUGUUCCUCCGGUGAUGUCAUUCUUGUUGUCAGUUUCAUCGUCUUUCCAGUGAAUUGUAUGAUUUCUGUCUUGUUUUCUAGUUGAGUUACUUCUCCAUGUGUGUGUGUGUAGUAGGCUCUCCCUUCAUGCCCCAUCCCAGUGACUGUCAGAGUGAUGCUGACCAUGUGGCGAAGGUCGCUGGUUGUCGUGUGCAGGGGCUGCCCACCAGCCCUCACCAGUCAUCCCCAGUAACUCCCCCAGCCCACAGCACCUCUGCUUUUUAUGUGUACAGACCAGGCAGGGUUUAGGCACAGGCUGGAGGGUUAGCCUUUUGCCUUGAAUGCUUCUAUUUAUUUGUGAAUGUUGAAUUUUUGUGUUGUGUUGAGUCACCACAGGCCGGGGUGAUUGUUAAUUUCCCGCUGCUGACGACCUCAUGGCCAGUGGUGGGGCCACGAGUGUCGGCCCGGCUCUCAGGUAUCCCGGCCUUGGCUGGGCACCACUUGGCGGGAGAAGCAGCGUUCCCUGGUACAGGCAGCUCUUGGUUUAGGCAACUGUCGUGUUCCUGAAGAAGCUGCUUCAAGUAAAUGUUGUAUAGUUUAAUGUUGUUAUUCACAAGAAUGCAUGGCAGGUCAGGGAGUUUCCUUGGCACUAAUGUAAACAGAAUGUGUAACUAUACUUGUGUAAGCCAAGUGCUGUCUGUACACACCCUCCUCCAGGCCUUCAGGAAGUCACUCAUCUCACGCCAGUGCUCACCGCCGCGCCUCACCCUCAGUACAGUUCCUCUUUGGCCCUCGGCUGUGUAGGGCACCACACAGGCUGCCUUGGGGCGUGUUGUGGCAGGCUGGCCCGUCACUCCCCUCUGGCCCCUCCCCACCUCAACACCACUGCCUUAGGGGGGCAGCAAACUGAUGUUGCUGCUGCUGCUGCUGUUGCCCAGGAAGAAUUUUACCUCAUUUUAUACUAGUGUCGUAAGACAUCAUAAUGUUGUAUUGAGCGUUUGUGGUGGUGGCGGUCACGCCCUGGACAUGGAGUGGCUGGUGGUGGGAGGGGAAGGCAAACUCAGGCUUCACCCUUCAUUCAGUAGACAGGAAGCUGGGACAGCUUCUUUACCACACACCCACAUCAUGAGGUACCCAACGCAUGCCAAGGCUCAUGUGCCAGUGGCUGAGGUGGCUGCUGGUGUGCCUCAGGGCCACAGCCUCACGUCAGCUGCUGGAGUGUCUCAUGUCUGUAUUCACUCAUCUAGUGAGGAUGCUGUGGUGGCCCUCACAGGAGUUCAUCUUAAGUUCUGGACUUAGCAAGUCUUUAAAGGUUUGCAUUGUGACCAUAAUCUUCAAGAGCAAGUGGCACAGGAAAGCUAACGUGCAUCAGUGUCACCAUCCUCUAAACCAAGUUUCCUGCAUCAGGAGUGUGGGGGAAGACUGAUACAAACAAGUCUGGUACAUCACUUGAUGCAAGGCUGGUAGUGUACUGGUCACGCCACUUUUGAACACUGCAGCAGCAGCCUCCAGAAGAGGAGCAUGUUCAUUGCGUCUGUAUCCUCUCCUCAGACAGGUCACUAAUCAAUGUACAAAGGUGCAUCAGUGCUGAUCACCCAGCAUUUAGAAAACCUAGACAACACUCACUGAUGCAUGUGAGGUUUACCAAUGUUUCCCUGCCCCUGGAAGGCACCUGAUCUUGUUCAAGGCAAGACACAGACUCAUGACAAUAGGUUUUAUUUUACUGAGCUGUCUCAAAUGAUGUUUCUUUAUUCCUGUUUUAGGAAUUAGCUCCCACUGAAGUUGUCAGUAAUCAUGGACUGCUGAAGUGUGGCACACAGGUUGUAUGGCCUGACCAGGUGUGGUGAGUGAGUCACGCUGUGCCCUGCCUAGUGUGGCGGGAAGCAGCCACAGUGGUCACCGCCCACACCUCCGGGCCGCACACUAACACCCUACACACAGACUCUGUAGGCAAAAUCAUGGCUUGCAGGAGACUCUUUCUUCUUCCUCAGAGGAACUUUAGUUCAUAAUGAACCAACCAAUAUCGAUGUAUCAUCAUUCAGUCAGCCUGUGUCAAGUAAGGCACUCUGGAAUGUCUUCAGGCAGGCACAGAACUGUAUAAAACAUCACAGAGGCAUGAAGCUAUACGUGUAUUCCGGUCUUGAAGUAAGAUGAGGAAAACUAAUUACUGAUAAAGUUCAUAGAACUCAAAAUUUGGAUUUUUGCCAUUGUAAAAAUUAAGAUUGGGGAAAAUGGCUUAAAGCCUUGUUUUGAAGGCAGUGUAUUACUAUGUGGUGUAUUGUCUUAAAAGCUCUUCCACACACCUACCCAGUACUUGGCACACCCACACCCCGACAACCCACACCCACACUCACUCCUGCUGCCCAGCACACCACACCCCAGGAACAGGGGCACCACCUCUGUGUGCCGGUGACCGUAGUGUUGGAGCCACCAGGAGCCGAGACGCAACACUGUGUUGCAGUCUAACUCAGUCACUGUUCUUGGGACACACUCCAUACAUGCCUUGCAGUGUCUGUCUGGACGCUGUGACUGUCUCUAUUUAAGGCAAUUUUGGCUUUUUACACGUCAUUACGUACACAUUAUUUUGGUUUCUGUGCCGUAAUCGUUUUACUUGAUCAUUUUGAGCACCAGGGAUAUGAUGCAUUUUGCAGACACAAACCACCAUCCUAGAUGCUUUGUUUCAUCAUUGCAUGCCAGACCUAGCAUAAGCAUAUAAUUACAUACCUCUUAGAAGUGGACUUUUGGCAUAUAAUCCAGCUCUUCUUGUAUGUUUUGGUACAAAGUUUUCUCAGCUGUUAUUUCCCUCGAGUCAUCACUUCUCACGCAGUGAUCUAUAGCCUCUCGUCAGUGCCGUGCGGCCUUCAGGAGCAUUCCCAGCCAGACGUGUGUGUAGGCAGGCCAAGGCGAGGCUGUUGUGUUCUUGUAGGGGUGGCGGACACUGUUGCCACACCCUCAGUUUUGCAUGUGGCUAGCGCGAGCCUCAGCAGGUUGGACAUAUUAAUAUCCUUAUGAUUAUGAUUAAUGUAUGAUUAAUCAACACAAAUUACACUGAUUGAUUGGGUCGUCUUAUUGCCACUCCAUAAUUCUGUUCGGAUUCAAGGAAGAGGAAGAGGAAAAGGGACAUCAAAUUAUAGGAGAGGAACAUCACCAUAUUUAUUUAGUUGUAUAUGAUUGAUGUACCUAAUUACAGAUAUUUCAAUAACUACAUGGCAUAAUCCUGUUCACACUCAGAGAAGGAAGAACAAAAAGGGAUGUCAAAUUACAGGAGAGGAACAUCACCAUAUUUAUUUAGUUGUAUAUAAUUGAUGAACCUAAUUUCAGACAUUUCAAUAACUACAUGGCAUAAUCCUGUUCACACUCAGAGAAGGAAGAACGAAAAGGGGUGUCAGAUUAUUGGAGAGGAACAUCACCAGUUUUAUUUAGUUUUGCAUGAUUGACAAGCAUAAUACAGACAUUUUAAUUACCACGACAUAAUCUAUAGUUGACGUUUUCAGUAAGAGAACAAAUGAGACAUUGAAAUAUGGGAGAGUAACAACACUAUCUUGACAUAACUUUGCAUGAUUGAUAAAGGAAUUUCCAGACAUUUUAAUUACUGGACAUCAUAUAAUCCAGUUCUAUGUUAGCCACUCAUAUUUACUGAUACAGGAGCAGUGUGUAGUGGUCAUUUACUUAUCUUUAUUUUUCAUUUAUAUUGGAUUGUCUUUGAGGUUCCUCUAAUACUGUAAAAAAAGAAGUUUGUGUUUUUUAGUGAGAGAACAGAAGAGUUAUCAAUGCUAUAAUGUAACAGUAUUCAUUUAUAUAUAUUAUUUUUGACCCUUGAACUGCUUCCAUUGCUAUAUAAAAAAGAAUUCUACAUUUGGAGUAAGAGAACAGAAGGGACAUCAGUGCUAUAAUGUAAUCGUAUUCAUUUAUCUACAUUAUUUUUGACCCUUUAACUGCAUCCAUUACUAUAAAAAAAAAAGGAAUUCGCAUUUGGGGUAAGAGAUCAGAAUGGAUGUCAACCCUAUAAUGUAAUCGUAUUCAUUUAUCUACAUUAUUUUUGACCCUUGAACUGCUUCCAUUGCUAUAUAAAGAAGAAUUCUACAUUUGGAGUAAGAGAACAGAAGGGACAUCAGUGCUAUAAUGUAAUCGUAUUCAUUUAUCUACAUUAUUUUUGACCCUUGAACUCAUCCAUAACUAUAAAAAAAAAGGAAUUCGCAUUUGGGGUAAGAGAUCAGAAUGGAUGUCAACCCUAUAAUGUAAUCGUAUUCAUUUAUCUACAUUAUUUUUGACCCUUGAACUGCUUCCAUUGCUAUAUAAAAAAGAAUUCUACAUUUGGAGUAAGAGAACAGAAGGGACAUCAACGCUAUAAUGUAAUCGUAUUCAUUUAUCUACAUUAUUUUUGACCCUUGAACUCCAUCCAUAACUAUAAAAAAAAUGGAAUUCGCGUUUAGGGUAAGAGAACAGAAUGGACGUCAACGCUAUAAUGUAACAGUAUUCAUUUAUCUACAUUAUUUUUGACCCCUGAACUGAAUCCAUUACUAUAAAAAAAAUGGAAUUCGCGUUUAGGGUAAGAGAACAGAAUGGACGUCAAUGCUAUAAUGUAACAGUAUUCAUUUAUCCAUAUUAUUUUUGACCCCUGAACUACACCAUUACAAUAAAAAAAAGGAAUUCGCGUUUAGGGUAAGAGAACUAGAGUGGACGUCAACGCUAAUGUAACCACGCGUAUUACUGUCUCCGCCGUUGCCGUUGCCAUCGCUGCUGUCGCUUGGUUACGUCGUGUCAGAGGCCAGCCGUGAGGUCCAUCCACCCUGACUUUGUGUUCCCACGCUGCCGCCGCCGCCGCCUCGCUGGGCCACUUGUCGCCACACCAAAGAACUUGUCUAGGAGAGGAGUCCAGUAUAGCUAUGUCUUAUUGUGGCUGAUUAUUAUUAUUAUUAUUGUUAUUAUUAUUAUGUAUUAUUUUUUUCUCCUUUUUUCCUUGCGUCAGAUGAGAUGUGAUUUGUUUCACUUGAUCUGAUGUUAGUUUUUGUCUCUUUAUUACAGAUAUUGUCAUUUUUGUCCCUCCACUCCCCCCCAAAAAAAAUCGGAAAUGGUUGGUAUUACUAUUUUGUUUUCCCGAGAUUGGUUUUCAUGUGCUUCUUUUCUUUUAGUUGACGCUCAUUGGAAAAAAGAGUUUUGUAUCCAGAAUUAAGUAAAAAAAGUCAUCGGAAAAAGUAUUGUAUCAGUUCAGAAUUAAGUAAAAAAAAGGUCAUCGGGAAAAGUAUUGUAUCAGUUCAGAAUUAAGUAAAAAAAAGGUCAUCGGGAAAAGUAUUGUAUCAGUUCAGAAUUAAGUAAAAAGAGUCAUCGGAAAAAGUAUUGUAUCAGUUCAGAAUUAAGUAAAAAAAAGUCAUCGGAAAAAGUAUUGUAUCAGUUCAGAAUUAAGUAAAAAAAAGUCAUCGGAAAAAGUAUUGUAUCAGUUCAGAAUUAAGUAAAAAAAGGUCAUCGGGAAAAGUAUUGUAUCAGUUCAGAAUUAAGUAAAAAGAGUCAUCGGAAAAAGUAUUGUAUCAGUUCAGAAUUAAGUAAAAAAAGGUCAUCGGGAAAAGUAUUGUAUCAGUUCAGAAUUAAGUAAAAAAAAGUCAUCGGAAAAAGUAUUGUAUCAGUUCAGAAUUAAGUGAAAAAAAGUAUCGGAAAAAGUAUUGUAUCAGUUCAGAAUUAAGUGAAAAAGUCAUCGGAAAAAUAAAUUACUUUUCCUAUCUGUCUAAAUAGUGUCAGAUCAGUUCAAUAUCAAUCAAAACCCAGCGGAAAAAAUUGUCUCCCUUUGCCAAAACCUAUCAUCAGACCAGUUCAAAAUCAGUCAAGUCUCAGUUAAAAAAUUCCCUUAUCCACUAAAAUCACAGAAUAAUUGGGUCUUCAAAAUCAGUCAAUUCUCACUUGAAAAAAUCACCUCCUACGUAUUGCCAAAAUACAUCAUUGAGUCAGUUCAAAAUCAGUCAAACCUCGUAAGUAAAUUAUUGAUAUGCCAAAUUGAGACUAAGUAGUGUCAGAUCAGUUCAAAAUCAGUCAAAUCUUGUCUCCAUCCGGCAAAACACAGCUUCAUCGGAUCAGUUCAAAAUCAGUCAAAUCUUGUCUCCAUCCGGCAAAACACAGCUUCAUCGGACCAGUUCAAAAUCAGUCAAAUCUUGUCUCCAUCCGGCAAAACACAGCUUCAUCGGAACAGUUCAAAAUCAGUCAAAUCUUGUCUCCACCUGGCAAAACACAGCUUCAUCGGACCAGUUCAAAAUCAGUCAAAUCUUGUCUCCAUCCAGCAAAACACAGCUUCAUCGGAACAGUUCAAAAUCAGUCAAAUCUUGUCUCCACCUGGCAAAACACAGCUUCAUCGGAACAGUUCAAAAUCAGUCAAAUCUUGUCUCCACCUGGCAAAACACAGCUUCAUCGGACCAGUUCAAAAUCAGUAAUAUCUUGUCUCCAUUCUCCAAAACACAGCUUCAUCGGACCAGUUCAAAAUCAGUCAAAUCUUGUCUCCAUCCGGCAAAACACAGCUUCAUCGGAACAGUUCAAAAUCAGUCAAAUCUUGUCUCCACCUGGCAAAACACAGCUUCAUCGGACCAGUUCAAAAUCAGUAAUAUCUUGUCUCCAUUCUCCAAAACACAGCUUCAUCGGACCAGUUCAAAAUCAGUCAAAUCUUGUCUCCAUCCGCCAAAACAUAGCUUCAUCGGACCAGUUCAAAAUCAGUAAUAUCUUGUCUCCAUUCUCCAAAACAUAGCUUCAUCGGACCAGUUCAAAAUCAGUCAAAUCUUGU